CAAUAAUUGUCGCUCAAUAUCCGGACAUUCUAGAAACCCCAUCUACUCCUCGCACCCCUUCUACACAACCACAUACACACCAUAACAAUGGGCUGGCUUCCCUGGUCCUCCGAAUCUACCAACACCGCCUCCGAUGGUGGCCGCAUAGCUCCCGAUCGAACCUCCCGCCAACGAUGCUACGAGGGCCGCGACAUGUUCUUUUCCUGCCUCGACCGCAAUGAUAUCUUGGAUGCAAUUAAGGAUGACAAGGAGGCGCGCCGGAAGUGUGGAAAGGAGAUUGCAGAGUUUGAAACGGCUUGUUCGAGGGCAUGGGUCAAAUAUUUCAAGGAGAAGCGCGUGAUGGAGUAUAACCGGGACAAGACAAUUGAGCGGAUCAAGAAGGAAGAUGCCGCCCAGGUUCAAGAAUUAAAAGCACAAGGGUGGAACUCUCGGUAAAGAAGAUGGAAAAAGAAUAGUUGAGGUGAUUGCUUGUGAUCGGGGAAGUGGCGGCGCCCGUUGAGGGCUUUCUACCUGUACGAUAUUGAUGUACGCUUACCAGGCUUCUAAUGACUGCCGGACCGCAUGCUACUAGAUACUCUCCACUAUAGGCUGGAACUGUGGCUUAUUAGAAUUACCGUGUGCUUGCAUUGUGUCUGCCAUGCUAGUCACUAUGCCUAAGACCCCACAAGAAUCCGUGGAUAAAAAUAGAUACAAUAAUUCC